UGUGAGGUGUAUUGAAUUGCUUUGAAAUUAUGGGUGAAUUACUGAAGAAGAGCUUUGAACCCAGAAAGAGACAACUAUCACAAAGUUUGUUGAAAGACGAGAUUUUAAUGCUUCAAAAAGAAUUAGAAGCCCAAACUAUGCAAAGAUCUGCUCUAGAGAAAGCAAUCAACACUUGCCACCCUCUUUCAAAUCACCCCUCUCACAAAUUACUACUUUCUCAGCCAGCUGAAGAUCUUAUUAAAGAAAUUGCUGAAUUAGAGAAUGAAGUUGUGUAUCUAGAAAAAUACCUUCUAUCAAUGUACCGUCGAAACUUCGCGAAAAGGCUAUCGAAUCUACGCACAGCACUGAAUCAAAAUGAAGCUCGUAGCUUAGAAUUGCUUAAGCAAGAAGAAUUAUCACAACCUUUACAAAAUUACAACAAUGCCACUACAAUGGGAACGGAAUCUCCCGUAGAUACCGGAAUAUUCCGGAGCCUCUCGUCUCUAUCUCACCGCUCCGCUUGCUCCUUCAGAGCUUCGCCUCCUUUCACCGAACCUUUCGAUUCGUACCAUUCUCUUCCUUUGCAGAGGAUAAAGGCCGAUAACGGUUCGAUCGGUAAUACGGCGGAGUAUUACUACAUCGGCUCUAGUUUUGCCGACCGUGUUUCCGAGACGCCUAAUUGGUUAUCGGAGGAGAUGAUCAAAUGCAUCUCGACCGUUUAUUGUCAUCUAUCCGAUCCUCCCCUGUUUAAUCGAGGCCGUGACGACGAAGAAUAUUCCUUUUCCGGAACUUUGUUUGCCAUGGUCGAAAUACAGGGCAUCUUUCGAGAUUCCGAACGGCUAAAUGCUGUUCAAGAACCGCUACAGAAUUAUAGGUCCCUAAUUUCCAGGUUGGGCAAAAUUGAUCCAGGGAAAUUAAAGAAUGAAGAGAAAUUAGCAUUCUGGAUUAAUGUUCACAAUGCAUUAGUAAUGCAUGCAUUUAUAGUUUACGGAAUCCCACGAGGAAGCGUAAAGCGAAUCUCCUUAGUCCUCAAGGCAGCAUACAACAUUGGAGGCCAAACCAUUAGUAUAGACACAAUACAGAGUUCGAUUUUAGGGUGCCGAUUGCCUCGUCCGGCUCUGUGGCUAAACUCAUUAUUUUCCACCAAGAAAAAAUUUAAAGCCGGAGAUGUUAGAAAGGCGUACACAGUGAAGCAAGCAGAGCCUCGUUUGCGUUUCGCCCUUUGUUCCGGAUGUUUAUCCGAUCCAUUAGUUCGUGUUUAUACGGCCAAGAAAGUGUUUCAGGAGCUAGAAAUGGCGAAAGAAGAGUACAUUCAAAUGAAUAUAAAGAUAUACAAAGAACAAAGAUUGCUCGUGCCGAAGAAUGUGGAAUGUUACGUAAAGGAAAUGGGAUUAUCUCAAUCGGGUUUAGCGGAAAUGCUCGAGCACUCGAUGCCUCACUCUUCGGUGAAGAGUUCUCAUCGAGGAAAGUUCUCGAAGAAAGUCGACUGGAUUCCUCACAAUUUUGCUUUUCGAUUUUUGCUUUCGAACGAACUAGUACAAUGAGAAACGCGUGUAACAUCUAAAUUUUGCAAUUUUUAAACAAAAUUUAGUUUGAAUUAACAAUGUUUUCGUUUUCUUGAAGCACCGUCGAACAACUAAUCGUUGAUGUAAAAAUUAAAAUAUACAGCUUUUCUUUUAGGCCC